AUGGACGAUUCCAUUGAAGAUAUUGAUAAAAAGGAAGAUACCACCGCUGAAGAACAAAACACGGAUAUAGAUUUCGUUUACAAUGAUGCUGAUGAAUACAGUGUAGAAAUUUCUGAAUUAUACAGUUAUUCUGAGGAUGAAGAGUUUCAGAUGAAUCGUAAUCACUUCGAAAGUUACUUAAGAAGAAAUGGUAAAUUUCCAGUUCAUGCUAAAUGGUUUGAAAUCAGCAGCGCCGAACGUCAUUCAUGCAUUCAAAGACUGUUGGAUGAUUUAGAAUCGAAAGAUUAUUUCUUGCGUCUAGCGGCUAAGCGAUCACUAUUAUACUUAUUACAGGGAAAUUUUGGCGAUUGUGAAUUGGAAGAGGAUCAAAUAACUUGGGCUAGGCGUAAUGUUUAUUUAUUCAUUGAAACAGGCGUAUUCCAUGCUGUUACACAAUUACUACUGUAUGAGAUUGAUUAUGAUUCAUGGGCUACAAACUUGACAGGAGGUGGUGGUAGUGGUAACGCAACUAGUGCUGGUAAUGAAUCAGCCAAAACAGAUAAAAAACAAACCUCUCAAGUUACUUCAACUCGACGAUUAGAAAUUGACCCAGACGACAGUGAACUUUUUCGUAUAACACUUUCUAUCUUAUACAUUAUGGUGGAAACUGUACGUGAUGAAAUGCUGAAAGAUCGUGCUCAGCAGCAGCAGUCUAGUUCAUUCAUAAAUGGGCGAGAUACACCACCAGAACAAUUUGUUGAAGAUUUAGUUGCACCUAUUGGAAACGAUGGUAAUCUAACGCUGGCUAUUGUUCUUUUUGACAUGGUUCAUAGUUUCUGUAGUGGUGAUAACCCAUACUUCCCAAUGAAAAAAGUUUUACUACUACUUUGGAAAAUCUUACUGGUAACUUUGGGUCCUGUAACCAGUUUAUUCACACGUAAAAAUCAAGCACGUGCUCGUUAUGGACUACCACCACUUGUUGAGGAUUCUACACAAGUAAUUCGUAGGGUUCGUGCUAAUAGCCCUCCAGCGAUAUCAACGGAUCAAUUACUUGCUAGAAUACCUCGUAAUAAUAACCGGCAUCCAGUAUUUAGUCAGUCAAAUCAAGCUCCUCGACAAGGUUGUCUAGCUGGUGGUCGUGCAGCAUUUGAGCAGCAGCAACAACAACAACAACAAAAGCAAUCUGUAGUGACAACAGUAACAUUUCCAUUCUCUGCUGAUUCUUCCAAAUCACCAUCAUCGUCGUCUGUCACUAACAACAAUCAAUUAGCAGAAUCCAUUUCAACGUCGGAAAGAAUUACUUCUGGGUUUGAUACGCCUCGACCACGUUCCCCUGUAUCAUCAAAUGACGAGAAUAAUAGUAGUAGUAAUUUGGACUUAAGUCAGUUAAGAUUUGAGUCUUCUGAAAUAGCUUCAUCAUCAUCCGAUUUAAAUCAGUCGAAUACCAAUUCUCAAGUAGUCCUACCCGGAUUAUCAAAUUUGUACAUUCAUGAAAAAAGUCUGCCAUGGAAACCAAAAGUGAAAAAGAAAGAUAUAGAGACAUUCUUGAAUAAUGUCCGCCAAAAGUUUGUCGGUUUCCAAGUGCCGAAUGAUACAGUCUCUUUGGCUGGUCUACCUGAGCCAAUUCAUGAAGCUGUGCGUGUGAUGCGUGAGCAUCUUUACAUUUCAUUGGGAGAAAUACAAAUAGAAAGAGAAAAUAUAAUAGCUCAAAAUCCUUUGUCUAUGUCAGGCGAGUCGUUGCCAGAUACACCAGCUGAACGACUCUAUCGAGCUAUGUAUCCUUUACUGCCACAAUAUAUGAUUGCUUUACUGAAAAUUCUUUUGGCUGCCAGUCCGACAACAUAUACUGAUAGUGAGACGAUAAACAUUAUGGGCGAAGCCGUAACUGAUGCAUACCCAACAUAUCCAGUUUCAACAGCAAUAUAUAAUGUUGAUCGUGAUCGUCAUAAAGAGAUUAUUGUUAAAGCUAUAUCUGGAAUAUUAUUAUUGCUAUUGAAACAAUUUAAACUGAAUCAUAUUUAUCAAGGAAUCAAUAAUGAUGUGUGUAGAAUAUGGGAUGUAAAAUGA